AUCGCAAGGCCUUCUGGGAGUGUAUGAUGUUUCCAUAUUUCAGUGUCUAGUUUUAACGCGGCGUACUACAUCGGUCGUCGGUGAAAGUGGUUGUUUAUUACGUGAAAUGUUUUUUAAUUAAACGUAUUUUUUUGGUUGCACUGGAUUUGAAAACAUUUCCAUGGAGCGUAUUUUAAACGAAUUUAUUCUUCGAUCAAAUGGCCAGGUGUUUGGUUAACCCUACAUACACCAAAACACUGGUAUUUAAACUUAAAAGUAUCGGAACAGAUUGUGAUGGUAAUUUUCAGUAGUAAACAUCAACCAGGGAAUAAUCAUACGACAUGCAGGACGACUUUAGUAUAACAGGAAGCCAAGAGAAGGGGCCGUUGAUAUGCAGCUACAAUGGCAGAAAAGCCUGAUUUAGCCGCAACAACCGGUGUCCAAAAUGUAGUGGUAUACGUUUCUAAUGAAAAUUUUGGUCAAGCUUAUGCCAUCGACCAACAGCACAAUGUUCAGCAACAGGGUAAUGUUCACGCGACUGGAUACCCAAACGAGAACCAUACCAUGGCCUCCAUGGCUAGCCAGAAACCCUACUCCGAUAAGCAGAUGUAUGCUGCCAGUGAACAAGUAGUUAAUGCCAAUCAGGGGAGUUACUUUGCCAAUGUGAUAUCUCAAAACGGGUUUAACCCAGGCUAUCAGAAUGGUGCCCUUAAUAAAAGUUAUCCAAACACCGAGUUGCAGCCAUGUGAAAAGAUCCAGGCAGGACCUGGACGACCAGAAAAUGUUAAGGUGAGCGGCAAUGAGUGUGAACGGUAUGCAGACUCUUACAUUUACGGUUCUGAGGUGCAGACACAAAGUGUGCGAUGUGAUUCAGUGCGGUCCGAGACUGCCGAAUCGAGUUGUAGUAGUUUGAGUUCUGCGGAUGAAGUGAACAACCAGUCGCCCGAUAUGGUUGUCUAUGAUCCGAGUAUCAGUGUUCGGACUGGGAAUGUUAUGGUGGCAGUGGGACCUCCCUCUCUCCCCCAACACUCUCAGGCCAGCAAUGCAGUUAGUAACUCGGGACAAUAUGUUACUGUGCCCUAUGGUUGGAAAAGACUAUUGAAUAAUGGGUCAAUUAUUUAUAUCAGUCCCAGUAAUACAGCUUUAAGUUCUCCGGAACAACUGAAGGAUUACUUGUUAAGGUCCGGCACCUGCAAGUGCGGACUAGAGUGUCACUUCAAAUACGAAAACGUUUUCAAUUUCGAUCCUAAGGUGGUCAGCCAGCCAUGGAUACUGUCGCCGGACACAAACACGGGGGACCUGACAAAAUUAUGCAAUCACAAACGAAAAAUGUGCGCUAUGGCGUCCUUGAAUUGCAAACCGCCCGACCCCAACGUAAAGGCCGCCAAAGAAUUUGGCGUAAAACGGAAAAAGCGGAAAAUCGGCAUGCCAUAUUGCGGAAGCUUAUCCGUGUCCCAGAUUUUGGCUCAGCGCGAAAAGCUCACCCUAAAUCAGCAGAGCUUCGGAAAGGAACCCGUCGGCAGCCCACAACAGACGUGGCCCCAAAACGAAAGAAACAACACACAACUUUCUAAUAGGCUACAGGGUUUUCAAGAUAACCAACAACCUAACCAAAUGGUGGUUGGGACCAGAGUAAUGAGCGAACCGCCGAUAGUACCGAUUGAAAAUUCCACGGUUGCUUCGCAGUCUAAUCUUUCCGAUAACAUAUCUGGUCAACAUAUACAGCCUAAUCAACAGGUGCCGCCGAAUAAUCCGAAUAUUCAUCUUCAUCAACAACAUGUUAUCGGUCAGAAUGGACAAAUUAUUAAUAUUCAAGGAGUAGUUCCCCCAAAUCCGAACGGUCUGAAUCAGAACAACGGCAUUGUCUUGCAAAGCCAAAAUUUCAUGCAAACGCAGCAACAACAGCAGUCUAGGUUAUUUGUUAGUGGACAGUUAAGUGAACCUAGUGGACCAGGCAGGCCUAAUCUCCAAAUAGUGCCUAACCAGCCGCCUAAAUCGGAUAUUCAGCAUAGAAGCUUACGGCAGCCACAUCAGUUUUAUAAUCCGCAACAUCACCAGCCAAUCGACCCCAAUAAAGGCGUAAGACCAUUUAACCCUGCCAUGAACGGCUUUCGCCCACACUCUAUCAACAAUCAGAAUCAGCUAGUCAGUAAUUCGAUGCAAAUGCAACAAUAUCAAAUGCAACAGCAGCAGCAACAGCAGAGAAUGCAGUGGCAAGGGCGGGUUGUUCAACAGCCUGUUACUCGUCCGCCUAAUCCUCAAAUGAAUCAAAACGUAUAUGAGAGAGUUCCUCCUUUGCACCAAAAUGCAUCUUCUCCAGCUUGGCAGGAUGAAAUCAGGCGAAAGAAAGUCAGAUUUAAUAAUAAAUUUAGUAAAAGUAGACAGUACCAAGUAGUUGAUAGUUGCCUGCCAGGUGUAGGAUCUUGCCCUAAUAUAGAUGUGAGACAAAUAUCAAGUGAAUCCAGGCCAGUUGUAGUCAGCCAGUUUGCGCACAGCAAUCAUAGUUCAAGUCCAUCCUUUAUGGAAGACCCCAGUGGGUACCUCGCCCAACAAACUGCACUUCUUAACAAUACCAUCAACAGGCAAACUAGUGCGAAUAAUGCGAGAUAUGCUUGUAACAGUCCCAAUACUCCUUUGCAAAAUCCACAACAGAAUAUGUUAGCGAUUUCAACUUCCCAAGUGAACGAGGUGCCUUUACUUAGUAAUGUAAUGAAAUCUCAAAUGCACCAGUCGCGAUCGAAUCAAAAUAUUUUACUUAAGACUCAAGUGAUACCCGAAAAUGUUGAACACUCUCACCCACAGUACAAUCAGCAAAUUAAUCAAUUGCAGAAUCAGCAAAAUCUUGCAGACAGUAAUGUUUUACAAGAUCAUAUGAUUCAACAGUACUCAGAACAUUGCCAAGGUUGUGCAACGGGUAAUGGCGGUCAGUAUAUUGGACCCAAGACAAAAUCCCAUUCCAGGCCUAAUAGCCAACCUGGUACUCCAAGUUCAUGUGGAACCAUAGAGGAUCCUGUAACAUCAUCUUUGUAUUCUGAUAAACAUAGUAAUCAACCAUCCCCUGAUUCGAGACCCAUUCAAGGAGGUACUGUCAGUACUAGUAAUGUUUCACCUGCUGAUGGGAGCCAUUCAGAUCCACCAACGCCAAACCCGCAUAUGCAGACACCAACACCUCCACAAAGAGGAGUUGACCAAAUCAUUAAAGCUGUAUCAGUCCAGCAAAUUCCACAAUCUCAACAAGUACUUCAGAUUAUGAAUCAACCCAGAGAGAUCAACAGCAGUAUGGGUUAUGUAAGUAGUCAAACACCUAAACAGGAGGUAGCCUGCUGUUCUUAUCCACAUUCGAAUGUUUCCCGUGGAUCCGAGAGAGGUUACAUAUCAGUUGUAACCACUAUGGCUAGUGGCAGAACCGUGGGUAGCAAUACCAUCACUUCUGUUUUGGCUGGAAGAGCAAAUACUGCAACAGUUUCUAUAAAUAAUCCAGGUGCAAAUCCUCCAGCGUCGAACAUCCAUGUGACUAAUACUGUUCAGUCGCAAGCUUUAAGUGUAAAUGUAUCUAAAUCACCAUUGGAAAUGGUACAAAGUGUUGUUAGCAGUAUUCAGGUGCCACAAUCUCAGCAACAAGGGGUAUUGGCGUCUAUGACACAAUCUAGUCCACAGAUAUCACCACAAAUUUUAAAACAUUCUCCAACGGGUUUACCUCCAGGACAUAUCUUGGUAUCGUCCAACGGCCAGUUAAUAAUGGCUAGUGCUGGAAAUGGACAGAAUAAUGUAAUGGCACCUCCUCCUCCUAAAGUUGUGGCUAAUCCUAACUCCAUGCCACCAAUCUCAGUUUCACCUAUGAUAACUAAUGUUACAGCCUCGGUAGCACAGGUUAUACCAGCAGUGGCCCAGCAGGUUCUUGGCCAGCAAACCGUGUUGGUAAAUGCCUUACCAACGCCAUUUGUACUACAGCCAGGAGUAACUAUGACUAUGGACGGAAUGACUGUAGGACAAAAUGUUCAAAUUCCUCAGUUGGUUGCUGGAAAUGUAAUUCAGCAGCCUAUACAUUUAGAAAACUCAGAUCCUAGGAGAGCCGCUACAUUGUUAUCACCCGACACCAAGAAGAAAGGUAAAAAGAGAAAGUUGCCAUCUCAAACAGUUGCCAGUAUGCUACACAUCGCAGCGCAGCAAAACUCAGGGGUUGUAAUGUCUCAGCAAGGGUUUCCGCAACAAAUUCAAAUGGCACAUAGUCCCCAAGGGAUUACUACCACUCCUGUGAUGCAGGCACUCACUAUUGUCCCCAGUAAAAACGGGGGACCUCCGCAAAUUGUAAUGAACAGCCAACCAAUAACUAACAACAAUUUGACCACACAACAGCUGAUAACAAAUUCCCAACCAGCGCAACAAAUUAAUCUUCUUCAACCCGUGAAUUUAAUAAAUGGCACAACAGGUGUUGUUCAAAACUUCCCAACAAUUCAGCAAUUUAUUGUCCCUAAUCUUGGCAGUAUGGUAAUGAAUGCAGACGGCACCGCCACCAUUCUUCAAGACACCUCCAAUCUAGGCAUGCAGUUGCAAAUUCAGAAUGUCAACGGUCAAAACGUGUUAACACCUAUUCAAAAUAAUAAUAUGUUUAAUAACAGCCAGGGUAUUCUGGCAGCUGGUCCUGCAGGAAUGGUUAUUCGGGCACCAAGUUCUCAAGGGAAAAUUAUUCAGCAGCAGCAUAGUCCGGGAGCUCAAUUUCUAUCACCGAAUGGAGGUCAAUUUGUUGUGAAUGGAACUCAAUUCAGUGGUCAGCUUAGUCCUCUAGUAGCUAAUGUUAGUCCGUCACAGCAGGUGACGUUUAACACCUCCCCUCAACAAAUUCGAUCUAAUAGUUCCAUUCAACCAGCUCAGCAAGAGUUUAUUCAAAUGAAUAGCCAAAUGGGACAAACUCUUAUGGUCCCUUGUAACGCAUCAUCUGCUAGCAUUGCGGCAGCAUCGACUAAUCAGCAUAAUCAACAAAAUACAACUUUUGUACAACAAAACACCACCAUCGUUCAGCAGCAGACAACAAUGGUUGCCAACAACCAACAAUUGCAGAAUUUUCAGCAAAACAGUCAACAAAAUCAACAUAAUGUAGCUAGAACGGCGCCAAUGAACGUUGAUCAGCAAAAUUUUAUACUAAGCGACAGUAAACAGAUGCAGGCUGUUGUCCUACAACAAAGAAACAGCCCUCAGAAUUCAACUUCUAAUUAUCGUCAGUCGGUUUCGACGCAGACGGCCGUAAAUCAAAAUGCCCAGUCCGUUACUACAAACACAUUUUGUCAAACGUCAACUUUGUCGGCAAGUAGCCCACCCGAUACUACAACUUUGAGCCCAGCGGCUUCUGGAGGUCAAAGUCCGCCCACGGCGGAUACGACUACCCAUUCCGGCAGCACUGAUGAUGGGCUCUCGCCAGCGCCAUCUACCUGCUCCAUUACCGGUAGCGAUGUAAAUUUAUCAGGACCUAGGCCUCAGUCUUGUGCUAUGGCUAUGGUACAUUGCAUCUCCAGUAGCGAACCUGAUUUAGCUGAAUCCAGCACCCAGAACUCUGAACAAGAUUGGAGAAAAUUUCAGAAUCACAUGGCCGCGAAAAUGACUCAAGAAUUUACCGAUAUAAGUGCUCAUAUGCAGUAUGGCAAGCGGCCUAAUGAAUUAACGCACGUUACCUUCGCCGAAUCUUCGAACAUGGUGGCAGGGAUGCAUUUUUUGAACAAAAAAAUGAAGCAAGAUGUUGUUAGUUCAAAGAAUUAUGAGAAAUCUGUUCAUCAAAGAAAAAACAGUGAAAUGGUUCUGAUCAUGGAGUCCCAAAUGAGUUCACCUUUGUUUGAUGAUGAAGGUAAAUCCAAAGAAGAAUAUCGCAAAACCGAAUUUGUUGUUGGCGAUCUUGUAUGGGGUUCCACUAGAGGCUCCUCGGCAUGGCCUGGUAAAAUCGUCCAACUUGAAAACGGUACUGCGGUGGUUAAGUGGUUUGGCAGUGACAGGUAUACGUCGAAACUCGAGGUCGGAUCUUUGCACACCCUCACUGAAGGACUUGAUGCUCAUCAUCAAGCCAGAAAAAAAUCUCGAACAAGUCGAAAAUUAAGUAUGCAGUUGGAGAAAGCGAUACAGGAGGCCAUGGCAGAAUUAGAUAAAGACUGCCAGAAGGGAGAGGAAAAGGAAUCUCCAAGACAGAAGGCCCCUGGAGUUAGCAUGAAGAAGGUACGAAAAAUAAAGGCAGGCUUGACACCAAAAUAGACAACAGGUAUUUUAUUAUUGGACCAACAUCGAAAGAAGUAAAAAGAAAGUGUAGAUAAUCAAUUAUAAUAACUUAGAAAGUUGUAACGCUUUUUAAAUGUCACUAUUAAGUUGAUACGCGAUAUGUGUAAAUUAAGACAGUUUUUUUUCUUUAAAGGUACAUUUUUUUACUUACCCAUCACAUUAUCAGAAAUUAAUGCAUCGCCGUUUAAUUAUUAAGAUAAUCUAAAUAGAAGUAUGACAUCUCUAGAAUAUAUUUUUCGUGCACUCUGUGUACCAUAUAUGCUGCUGUUAAAAUGGUAUUGAUUCCUAGGUAAUAUUUAAACAUCCUUUAACAGUAACAUAUACAUUUAUAGAAAUAUUUUUCAAAUGCCUUUUUCAAAAUGGUAAUUAUAUGUAUGCAUUAAUAAAAGAAAAGUACUUAGGAAUAUGUAUCACCCAAAACAUACUUUUAAGCUUCGUAACAGAAACGUUGCAAAACAAAUUCACGUAGCAGCCUGUGGAAAGUGUCGUUGGAUGGCAGAGUAAAUUUGAUUUUUGUCUUCAAAGAAUUAUGAUACUUACAAAUGGAGAUA